UCUGAUUUGUACAGGCUCAUGGCAGCCUUGGUAAUAAGGACGUGUAGCUAGGCUACUAAUCUCCCUUUUGUUUUCCCUGCAGAUUGACCCAGUCUCAGGAAUGGUUAUAAACCUGACAGACCUGAAAGAAUAUAUGCAGGAGGCAAUCAUGGAACCUCUUGACCACAAAAACCUGGAUAAGGAUGUGCCAUACUUUGCUGAGGUUGUGAGCACCACAGAGAACGUUGCAGUGUUCAUCUGGGAGAACCUCAAGAAGCUACUGCCCAUGGGAACUCUUUAUAAAGUCAAAGUGUAUGAAACGGACCAGAACAUUGUUGUUUAUAAAGGAGAAGAAACAAUCUCUGAGAAAUGAAAUGAGCUUAAGCUCAACUGGUCAGAAAUUUUGCUGCAUAAUCAGAUCAG